UUUAAUCAUUUUCUAUUUGUGUUAAAAUAUAAAGUUUUUCUUAAUUUAAAUUCAUCCUGUUAUUUAUUUAAUCUGUGUUAAAGAAUAUUUCAAAAAAUGGCGCGUUUAGUUUUUGUGGAAAAUGAUAAUAAUCCCGCCAGUAGACGUUAUAGGGUUAAGAAAAUUGGUGGUUGGCGUAGUGUGCGUUUGUAUUUAGAGCCAUCAUCACGUAAAUGGUGGGAGGAUCCGGAUGUGGUGGUUGCUUUUAAUUUGCCUCGCAUUAGUGCUGCUUUAGAACGUCUCAUGGGCACAAAUGUUGUACGUUUAACUGACCGCAAUUAUAUGAAAGAACUUAGGGAGCGCAUCGAAGAUGACUACAGGGCUAAUUUACAGAAGCGGAUUAAGGCAAGAGAGCUUAAAGAAGUCGAACGUGAACGCAUUUUAAUUAUUGAGGGCAAAACGAAUGUCAUACCGGCAGAACUGGCUGACGAUCCCAUUUUUGUGGUGGACAAGAAGGCCGAUUUGGAAAUUUUGAAAUCAAGAGCAAAGUUAAAAACAAAUCGUGAAAAAAAUUCCGAUCGUUUAAAACUGCAAGGUGUAAAAUGGGAGCGUGAACGUUUGCAACAUGAAGAGGAGGAGGCGCAACGCAUCAAUGUUUUACGGCAAAGAUACAAAGAGCAAAAAGCGCUAGAAGAACAAUACAAGGAGGAAGAUGCCAACAAGGGUAUGGAUUUUUUAAGAAUUGAAAACGAAGAAUGGCGUCCUUGUGAACAGGAACUGAAAGAGUUUCUUGAACAGGAGCGUGCCAAGAUGAAAGAACGUUCAUUGCGUAUGCCCACGCCAUUCGCCACUGAUCCCAAGGAUAUUAAUAAUAUACUGAAAGCCAGGAAAGCUUUCCGUGAGGUUGAAAGACGUAUACGUAAGGCCAUUGAAGAUAAUCAUGAGGAGAAUGUACAACAGAAACAUCUUCCACAUCAACUGUCUGGCCAGCAACAAUCAAACGGGUUUGCUAUUUUAGGACAAUCUCAAGAGAAAAAUAUACAACAGGCCCUUGAUGAAUCCCCAACAACUAAAGAUCCCUUUGAAACUGAUGAUACCGAUACAGCAGUAGUUGGUAAAAAUUUAUCUUCUAACGAUGGUUCUGAUAUAUCAAGUGGCGAAUCAUUAGACGAAGGCAGUUCCAUUAGUUUGGCUAAACAGCGAUACGCUCACAUGUUGCAACAGGAAUUGGAAAACGAUGUCAACGAAGGUCUACUCAUCUCCAAAGAACAAUACGAUCAUUUACGCUAUGAAGAUGAGAAAAUAAUGCAACUGCGAAAUGCUCGAGACAUACGUGAAUUGUAUCAACUGGCUGAAGAGAUUAUUAUUGGUGAGCGUGUUGAGAGUUAUGCCGAUGAGGAGGAAGCUCUAGCUGAAGAAGAAGAGGAGGAAGAACCAGAGAUUCCCGACCAAGAUUAAUGUUCUAAAUUUUAUGUUUACUGAUUUUCGUACUACUCACAUUAGUUCUAAAUAAUUGUGUAUCUGAUAUCCAUCACUUUUUUAAAAUAAAUUUUAAA